CGUGAAAUCAAUAAGCUGCAGCAGCCGUGAAUACUCUACACUAGGAGGAAAAGAGAAGAAACUAAGGACAUGGCAGCAAAGUGUCGUGCUUGAUGAGGCCUUCAAGAAACCCAAACAAAAGAGGAAGCAGCAGUCAGUUAAAUUUCCAUCUUUGAAUAAAGCCUCUCUCCAAGACGCGGACCAAACAUGGUGCACGUCUACAACUGCCAUCCUUUCUCCUCACAGCAGAUAGUACAGGUGGAGCAGCAGCCUGGACUGAUCUGCUGUGGAGGUGGAGCGCUGUUCGUGGUGGCUACUGGAGGAUGCAAGGUGGAGGCCUACAAUGUGGAGAAGGAUGGCUGCCCUUUCAUAUGUCGCUUUGCCACCAUGGGCACUGUGAAGAGCAUCCAGCACAGCAAGAUGGGGGAUUACCUGGUGACCAUUGAGGAAAAGAACAGCGCCACCUACCUGAGAGCCUACACCAACUGGCGCUACCAGGCGGAGGGAAAGGCCCGUGUCGGGGUGCGUUUGUUGGGCCACCUGCUGCGUGGGGCGUCUGUGCGGGGCGGAGUGCAGAUGGAGAUCAUCGAGAUCCCUCUGUCGGAGCGCCCUGUUGCCGUGGCGUGUUGCUCAGUCACAGGAGACCUUCUGGUCGGCUGCGAGAACACUCUGGUUCUGUUUGCUUUGAGGAGACAGAACCAGCAGAGCCUGAAUCAAAGUCAGCAGAUGUUUCCGAACACCUGGACGAACUCUCAGCAGAGUUCCAGUCAGAGUCAAGGUCAGAUCACAGGUUCAAACCACAAUUUCCUGGAUUUUGAACGCUCAGUUAUUCUGCAUCUUCCAAAACUCAAACCUAAACAGGUGGCGCUGUGUGGAGUAUAUAUAGCAGUGCAGGCGGAGCUGGAAGUGCUGGUUCUGAAACUGGACGCAUCCUCUGAAACUAAAACCCUGGAAGAAUCUUUAGACGCAAAGAAAACAAACCAUCUGGAAGACCAGUCUGACUUUCAGGUCCUUCCGAGACACCAAGAGUUGCUCGGUGAUCGGGCUAAGGACUGUGACAUCCCUGUCAGCAUAGAAAAGGCCGGGCUGGAGGACAGUACAGGAGAAUACACACUGUCAUAUGUUCUCUUCAGGCGUUUUACUCCAGACUUCUUCCAGGGCUGCAGUGUGGAGGAGACUCAACUCCACUCCCUACAGCUCUACCCGCUGUUCACCAGUAACCAGUCGGUGUCUCUGGAAGAACCAUCGUGCAUAUUCUGCUUCUUCUCUCUCCCCUCCGCCGGCUACCUGUACAGCCUGAAGGGUGGUGUCGAGCUUCUCUCGGCCUAUCAGUAUCCAGAGAAGGUCCUGAAGGCGGUGCUGACAGACCACCUGUUGCACGUCAUAACAAAGAAUGCAUUGCAGUGUUUCACCGUGCGCUGUGCAGCAGUAGCAGCCAGGAUUGAAGACCCCUACAUCGACAGCACCAUAAAGGCCUGUCCACCCUGCAGCCUGGAUGUGUGUGCGCUGAGGAUGCAGCUGUUUAUUGGUCUGCGUUCAGUGUGUGUCUACGGCCGCCAUGUUAUCCUGCUCUCCACCGCCGACGCAGAGACACCAGAGGAGCCAGAACGCACCACACAACGCAGAGGCCUUGAGUUGAAAGAACACACCUUGCUGACUGGUAUUUUCCUGGCGGUGGGAAUCGAUCCCGCAACCACGCCGGCUCUGGAGAGCCUUCUUUCACGCCCCUUCCUGAGCAGGAAGUGGACAAUCUCUUCCCCCAAAGAAACCAGUGCUGCAGGACACGGAUGGAACCUCUACGUGGUCGCCACCGUCUCCCCCCUCACUCUUUACCAAGAGAUGGUUGAAUACAGCCAGCGGUUUGCAGAGACCAACCCGCAGCUUCAAAGCCUUCGGCACCUCCUGAGUGAAGCUCACCUCCUCCUCCGCACCUCCUUACUCCAUGCGUCAGAGCAGCAACCAAACAUCGAGGAAGACUCCGUGCUGUCUCUGCAGACCGAUGCAGACGGACCAGCUGAGAAACAGACGGCUGUACAGACAGACAGUCAAGAACUGGAAGAGGCACUCAGGCAAAACUGUGCACAGCUGGGAGACUGUUUCAGCAGGGGCAGUCAGAAGGACUGCCACCUGGCUCUGCCGUACUACAGGAUGUCUGGUCUGUCAGUCACAGAGAUCAUGGCCAGGAACCGGCCGCUUCCCAGCAGCCCUCACUCCUACGGCCCCGGCUUCCUCUUCUACCUGAAGCAUUACCUGUUAGAAGAAACGGAGCAGAUCCUCAGUCAGGAGGCAGCUGAUGAGGUCAUAGACAUUUUCAGCCAAUCAGAGCCCUCACAGCUCGUCAGUGUUUGCGCCAGCCCGUCCCUGAUAAACAUCAGUCCUGCCCAGACGCUGCGAAUCUUACAACAUCUGGAAGACACAGCUGGCGUGUCUGUUCCUUUGACAACCACCAUGGCAACCAUGAUGCUGCGUUUGGACGACCUGCCACAGUACACACAUCUGAUUGAAAGACACGCUGAGAUGCUGCUGGUGUACGGGUUCAUCGAGGAGCCGAGGCUGUUGCUGCAUGGCAGAGGUGGAGGCCAGCACACACACAUCCGUCCCACAGCGUUGACCCGCCAAUUGGCAAAGUCCCAACCAGGACUGCUGGUGGCUGCCGUGGUGGCUUUACAUGAAAACGACAAAGUCCAGCUGGAACAGGCUGAUCACAUAUUCAAGGAGCUGGGCUGUGAGAACUGCUUACAGGUGGAUUUCUGGGAGGCGAUGCUCAUGGCGUCUUCACAGGAAACUAUCAUCCAGGAACUUCUGUUCCGAGUGGCGUCUGUCUACAUCGACCGACUGACAAAUACAACCUCGGAUACGCACACCAAGGAACCACACACACCUUCAAGACGCAGGCCGCUGAAGAGCGCUGACGAUCUGAUAAACUCCUGCUCUCAUUACGGUGCUCUGUACCCGUGGCUCACUGUUCUCAAUCCAGCACACACCACCAGCUCACAACACCAGGAGGCGCUCUACAAACUGCAGUCUCUCCUGUGUGGUCCGUCCCUGUCGGUGGGCUCCGUCGUGCCUCUGAUGGAGCGUCUUUCAGAGGAAACCUUAUGGGGCUUCAGCCUGCACCUCCUCUGCGCCACCAGAAGGGGACAGUAUGACGGCAGCAUUGAAAAGCUGCUGGACCGAUGUCCUCAGGCCAUUAUAGCCUAUGCUAACCACCAGUUACAAGACAAACAUAUGGUGUUAUGGUGGCAGAAGUUGCUCCCAGAGCUUUGUAACAGGACGAGAGCUGCUGCAGACAACAGCAUCCUAUUGGCUGCUCUCAAAGAGACGCUGGUAGUGGUUGCCAUGGAGACGAGCCCCACAGAGUUCCUGGAGCUGAUGCCUGAUGACGGCACCGCCUCGUACUUCCUGCCUUACCUGUUGACCUGUAGCCAGAGACGCCUGAUGGCCUGAAACACACACACACACACACACACACACACACACACACACACUACUAGGAAUAGACAAGGACCAAUGUGUCCGCAAUUGAACUGCUGCUCCGAAGCAGUUGGGGAUUCAGUGAUUUGCAUACUGGAAACAUGCUGGCUCUCUAAUCUCUAUGCUGUCAGCACUUUGUUUGUCUGCAGACAAUCACGUACAGGUUUUUGUAUGUUUACAAUCGCACAAAUACGUGACCAACUUUUGAGUAAUAGGCAGAUAAGUUGAACAUUUAAUCAGUCACUCUGGUGAUGUAUCCUCUGUGUUUUUAGAUGACAAAGUAGAAAUAGAAGACAAUAGAAUAUGCAGGAUACACAAGAGUAGACUACAGUAUAUAGAGGAAGUCAUGCAGAGCACAUAUGGAUCAUAAAAAGUGCUUUCAGGUUUCCCUUCGGGUGCAUGUCAACCUAUAUAUCCAAUAUGCAUCGUUUUUCUUGGAUUUUUAGUUUGUUGUUUGUAUUCCAAUAUUGCUUCACAUUUCUGAGUUUUGUUUGCCACUUGCAUUGUCAUAUUUGUAUUAUUUUAAGAAUUAGUUUGUGUCUUCUUGUGGGCCACUGUACUGUACUGUAUGUGGUGAUAUAAACUUAAAUGUCUAGCUUGUAUGAAAA